AUGUCUGACAAGCUCACCCGUAUUGCCAUUGUCAACUCGGACAAGAAAUGCCGACAAGAAUGCAAAAAGUCGUGCCCAGUUGUCCGCACGGGCAAGCUGUGUAUCGAAGUCGACUCGUCCUCCAAGAUCGCCUUCAUUUCUGAGCGCCUCUGCAUUGGAUGCGGUAUCUGCCCAAAGAAAUGCCCUUUCGACGCCAUCAACAUCAUCAACUUGCCCACCAACCUCGAGACCCAGGUCACCCAUCGAUACUCGGCCAACAGCUUCAAGCUGCACAGACUGCCUAUGCCCCGUCCGGGCCAGGUCCUUGGUCUGGUUGGAACAAACGGUAUUGGCAAGAGCACAGCGCUGAAGAUCCUCAGUGGCAAGCUUAAGCCUAAUCUUGGUCGCUACGACAACCCGCCAGACUGGGAGGAGAUCCUAAAGUACUUCCGUGGCUCUGAACUUCAGAACUACUUCACAAAGGUUCUAGAAGACAACCUCAAGGCUGUCGUCAAGCCCCAGUAUGUCGACCAACUUCCAAGGGCUAUCAAGUCGACCGACCGCUCCGUGGGCAAGCUCAUUGGAGCCCGCUCGCAGAUGGAUAACCUCGACGAGAUGAUUGACGAGCUGGAGCUGCGCCACAUUUUCGACCGCGACAUCGGACAACUGUCUGGUGGAGAGUUGCAGCGUUUCGCCAUUGCCCUCGUCUGCGUCCAGCAGGCCGACGUAUACAUGUUCGACGAGCCGUCAUCUUUCCUCGAUGUCAAGCAGCGUCUCGCAGCUGCCCGCAAGAUCCGCAGUCUGCUCCGCCCCGACGACUACGUCAUCGUCGUCGAGCACGAUCUGUCCGUGUUGGAUUAUCUCUCCGACUUCAUUUGUGUUCUUUACGGAAAGCCUGCUGUCUACGGUGUUGUCACACUGCCUGCAUCUGUCCGUGAAGGUAUCAACAUCUUCCUGGAUGGCAACAUCCCUACCGAGAACUUGCGUUUCCGUGAGGAAUCGCUGCAGUUCCGUAUCGCGGAAGCCGGCGACGAAUACAUGGUGGACCACAACCGUGGCUACAGCUAUCCCAGCAUGAAGAAGACCCUCGGAAGCUUUGAACUCAACAUCGAAAGCGGUUCCUUUACUGACUCCGAGAUCAUUGUCAUGAUGGGUGAGAACGGUACCGGAAAGACCACUUUCUGUAAGAUGCUCGCUGGUGCUCUUCAACCUGACGGCGAUAUCAAGGUUCCCAAGAUGAGCAUAAGCAUGAAGCCCCAAACCAUCACUCCCAAGUUCCAGGGUACCGUUCGCCAACUCUUCUUCAAGAAGAUCAAGGCCGCUUUCCUGAGCCCUCAGUUCCAGACUGAUGUCUACAAGCCGCUCAAGAUGGACGACUUCAUCGACCAGGAAGUGCAGAACCUCUCUGGCGGUGAAUUGCAGCGUGUCGCCAUCGUCUUGGCCCUCGGUAUCCCAGCUGAUAUCUACCUUAUCGACGAACCCAGUGCCUACCUUGACUCCGAGCAACGUAUUGUCGCGUCACGUGUCAUCAAGCGCUUCAUCAUGCACGCCAAGAAGACUGCCUUCGUCGUCGAGCACGAUUUCAUCAUGGCCACCUACCUCGCUGAUCGUGUCAUUGUCUUUGACGGUCAGCCUGCUGUCAAGGCUCGCGCUAACAAGCCUGAGUCUCUUCUCACUGGUUGCAAUACCUUCUUGAAGAAUCUGGACGUCACCUUCCGCCGUGACCCCAACUCUUUCCGUCCCCGUAUCAACAAGGACAAGUCUCAGCUCGACCAAGAGCAGAAGUUGAGCGGAAACUACUUCUUCCUUGAGGAUGAUAGCUUCCCUUUCGCUUUCGGUAUAUUUCAAGAAUACUACACCUCGAACCCACCAUUCGCCGGCUCCCGGAAUAUACCAAUCAUUGGGACUUGCGCAAUGGGCCUGAUGUACCUUACGUCGCCACUCAUCUUCAGUUUCUUCGCGUGGUAUCCUAAUCUUCGACGUCGAUGCAUAACCAUCGGACUGAUCAUCAUGUGUCUUUCCCUAGGACUUAGCUCGCUGAGCCAGACUGUUCCGCAACUGAUCGCUAGCCAGGGAGUUUUCUAUGCAAUUGGAGGUGCACUGUGCUAUAGUCCAGUGGUUGCGUUUAUGGAUGAAUGGUUCGUGAAAAGGAAGGGCUUGGCUUUCGGAAUCAUGUGGGCUGGUACUGGUAUCGGUGGCAUCAUAAUCCCACUACUAUUGCAAUAUCUCCUCGGUAGAUACGGCUUCCGCACUACCCUUCGUGUUUGGGCAGCCGUCCUUUUCGCAGCCACUAUCCCCUUGACUCUAUAUCUUAGGCCGCGCCUUCCCGUCUCGCCAGCCACCAACCACCGAAAGUUUAGCAUGACGUUCCUCCGAAACAAAUCAUUCCUCCUUUUCCAACUCGGCAACGUUCUUGAGGGCCUUGGCUACUUUAUCCCGUCUAUCUACCUCCCCACCUACGCUAGAACCCUCGGCGCAUCGAGCGCUGUGGCUGCCCUGACCCUUAUCAUGAUUAAUGUGACCGCUGUCUUUGGUUGCAUAGUUAUGGGUGGAAUCGUGGACCACUGGCAUAUCACGACAUGCAUUUUCUUGUCAACUAUUGGAUCCACACUCUCUGUUUUCCUUCUUUGGGGAUUUUCUACCAAUCUGCAUCUUCUCUUCGUCUUUUGUGCUGCAUAUGGGCUUUUUGCAGGGAGCUAUUCGACAACGUAUCCUGGCGUCAUGAAAGCGAUGAGAGACAAAGAGCAGGGUACCGACUCAAUGAUGGUAUUCGCGGUACUAGAAGCCGGUAGAGGUGUUGGAAAUGUUGCUUGUGGGCCAAUGAGUGAGGCGUUGAUUCGAAUGGGGGAGGUUGGAGGCAGGGGGCUGUAUGCUAGUGAGUAUGGGCCACUUGUGAUACUUACUGGUAUCAGCGCCGCAUUGGGGGGCGUAAGCUGCUUUGGUAGGGCUACAGGGUGGUUUUAA